AUGGCCAGCGAGUUCAAGAAGAAGCUCUUCUGGAGGGCAGUGGUAGCUGAGUUUCUGGCCAUGAUCCUAUUUGUCUUCAUCAGCAUCGGGUCCGCCCUGGGCUUCAACUAUCAGGUGGUGGGCAAUAAUACAGUGGCCCCAUCCCAGGACAUCGUGAAGGUGUCCCUGGCCUUUGGGUUGAGCAUUGCCACUCUAGCCCAGAGCGUGGGCCACAUCAGUGGUGCCCACCUCAACCCAGCAGUCACGCUGGGCUUGCUGCUCAGCUGUCAGAUCAGCAUCCUUCGGGCCAUCUUGUACAUCGUUGCUCAAUGCGUCGGGGCCAUCGUCGCUGCUGCCAUCCUUUCGGGCAUCACCUCCUCUUUGUCCAACAACUCUCUCGGCCUCAAUGGGCUGGCGCCUGGUGUGAACCCCGGUCAAGGCCUGGGCAUCGAGAUCAUUGGCACCCUACAGCUGGUGCUGUGCGUGCUAGCCACCACUGACCGAAGACGCCGCGACCUUGGAGGCUCUGGCCCUCUGGCCAUCGGCCUCUCUGUGGCACUGGGACACCUGCUGGCGAUUGACUACACCGGCUGUGGCAUUAACCCUGCUCGGUCCUUCGGCUCUGCGGUGAUCACCGGCAACUUCAUCAAUCACUGGAUCUUCUGGGUGGGGCCAUUCAUCGGGGGAGCCUUGGCUGUACUGAUCUACGACUUCAUCCUGGCCCCACGCAACAGUGACCUCACGGACCGCGUGAAGGUGUGGACCAGCGGCCACGUGGAGGAGUACGACCUAGAUGUGGACGACAUCAAUUCCAGGGUGGAGAUGAAGCCCAAAUAG